GGGAGGGGGAACUGAAAUUGCGUUUUAAAUUAAUUUAUUAUGAAUUUGUUGAAAGAUUUGCUCAGAAAUUGUAUUUGAAUUUGUCUCGAAGUGAAAUUCAUAGAAAGAAGAUGUCUUUUAAGAAAAUUUCAGUUGUAAUUUGAUGAUAUUUCCAAGCUCAAACUGCCAAUUUGAAUUUAGGUUGAACUUUUCUGUCAAAUUCAGCUGGCUUCUUUCUAUUGGAAAGUGUCUCUUUGGAGAGCAGCGAGGAGAAAUAUUUGCGCUUAAAAAGUAUGUUUUUAAUACAAUAAUUGUGGGAAAAUCAAUGAAAAAUCUAUUUAAAUGAUGCAUAGAGUGUCUAAAGUGUGGUAUUUGUGAAAAAUAUUUAGUAUUUAGUGGGUAAAUUGGCCUCAAAAGUGCAAAGAGAAAGUAACCCAGAAAAGUCUUUUGUGUCUCUGGAAAGGUGACAAAAAAGCCCAGAAGUGCUUGGUAAUUGAGGAUUUUGGGGCAUUUUGGAGACUAAGUGGGAACCCUGAGUGCAUGUGAAGUGUUAACUGUGUAGUGAAAAGGGCUAUUUUGUGCGGGAAAUGAGUGAAAAUUGGGUAGGAAAGUCAAUAUCAAUCACCUGCACGGAUCCGGGAGGAGUCUUCCAGGGGACGAUAAAGGAAGUGUCCCCUGAAGCUAUAACAAUCUUCCGGGUGUUCCGGAAUGGGCUGCCGGUACCUAAGCCGGACACUGAGGUCACAAUUGCCUCGGUGAAUAUUACGAAUCUGGAACUAAUUCCAGCUACUCCGAGCAGCAAUCUCACCACUCAUGCCAUCAGCAAGCCAAGUCCCAUCAAGCUUCCCAACUUCCCAGCUCCUCCUGGGAUAGAUUGUGGUCCCAGGGAUACUCAGGCACGUAUACCAAUCCCAGGCACUUCCCGGAGUGCUCCUGGAAAGGCAUCUCCAAUCACUGGCAGUGCCAGUGUCAUGAACAAUGGGAAAUUCUUCCCAACCAAUGGUUUUGGGGCCAGAAAUGCCUCCAAGCCUCUGGACAUUUCCACCGGUCAGAAGAAUGGGAAUGGGAAUGGAAACUACAAGGGAGACAGGAAGAAGUCCCGGAGGUACAACAGCAAGAAUGAAACCUUCGGGACUCCUGUAGACGAUCCCAUGAUGGAUGAAGAUUUUGACUUUGAGAAGAAUCUGGCGCUGUUUGACAAACAGGCCAUCUGGGAUGAGAUUGAUGCGACGCAGAAGCCGGAUCUGCUGCGGCAGACGGUUCCGAUGCAGAGGCGCAAGUACCGGCACGAUGAGAAUGUGAUCUCAUCGGAGCCGGCUCAGUUGCGUCAGAUUGAGGUGGAUUACAACAGUUCCAGGGAUUAUGUGACUGGGGAGGGACUCAUUGUGCCCUCCAUUCCGCUGAUUGUGCGCAAUCGCGUGCAGACAGCUGCCGAGGCGCUGGGAUUGAGCUGGGAGAGGCAGUGUGAUAUCCUAGCCAGGGGCACCACCGAAAUCGCGUUGCAGCUACUGGGAGGCGGCAGGAGGCUUGUGCCUAAUAAUUCUCAUCAAUGGCCAACGAUCGUGGUGAUCUGCGAGGAGCCCUACAACGACAAGAAAUCCGAAAUUGGCAUCUGCACUGGUCGUCAAUUGGCCACGCAGGGCCUCAAGGUGGUGGCCUAUGUGCGUGAAUUGACGCACUUGAGCCGCUCUAGUCGUGAGUUGGAUCUCUUCAAUGCCACAGGCAGUGCAUUCACGAAUAACGUGACGGAACUGCCGUCAGGAGUUGAUCUGAUAAUCCUGUCGGUGCGUUCGGCCAUCCUCACGCCCGUACUGCUCAAAUGGAUCAAUGAAAGUCGAGCUUCUGUGCUGGCCAUUGAUCCGCCCGUCCAUGGAAUCAAUCAGGUGCAGAUCAAGUGCUCCAUCUGGCCCAUUUUGCCCCUGGAUGACAUCAAUCGGCACGCCUGUGGGAAACUCUAUCUCUGCAAUCUGGGCAUCCCGGACAAAUUUUUCCUGGAGGCAGGAAUCAAGUACAAAAGCCCUUUUGGCCAUAAAUUCGUUAUUCCAAUUCAUCUGGUUGACUAAAGACACGCCGCAGUUUCUACUUAAUUUUUUUUUUGGCUCAACGAGACUGACAAUUUUUAAACUUUGUCUCCACAAAGGAGAUGAUGGCAAAAGAGAAAAAAAACAAAAGCAGUAAAAAAUGCUGGACCAAUUGCGCAUUUCAUUUUUAAAACAAAGUUGUUUUCUUUAAUUUUUUUUUAAAUUUUUAUUAAAAAAAAGUUUAUUUUUCCGGCUCAAUUUCCUAUUUGUUCUAAUGACUUUCCAAAUUUUGUAUCAGUUAUCUCUCUAUCUCAAUUUUAAAAUCAAAAUUGCACAAUAAAUUUAUCAAUUGGCCCACA